AUGGGAAAGCUGACGAUGCAAUUGGCGCAGUUCAUGACCAACGAGUGCGGGUGGACCCUGCAGGUCUGCGACGCAGGAAAUCUUGGCUGGGCUGGCGAGAUCCGAGAGCAGCAGAUGAAGUUUAAGGCCCCUCACCCGCUGAACUUGGUGGCCCCGCUGGUGAUGAUCGAGCUCCGGCAGGUGGGAUAUAUUGAGAUCAACGGAACCAACUCCCAGGACAUCUUCGAAAAGCUGGGCGGCUUCUUCAAAACAAAGUGGCAGGCAUAUGCCAAGGAGGCAGACCCAAACUACUGCGACCUGAAAUUCGCUACCGAUGCCUUCAAAAGCCGUGGCAGCGAGGGAGAGAACAACAUGGGACAACGAACCAUGGAGUUGGUUGACUUCAUGGUGAAGGAGUGCCAGUGGACCAUGGUCACGUGCAACGGCGGCAACUUCGGCCGUACGGGCGCCAAGCGCGAACAGCAGCUGAUUUUCCGGAACGAUGAGUUCGUUCAGCAUGGUGCGGAUCACAUCAUGGUGGAGCUGCGGACGGUUGGCUACAUCGAGAUCAAUGGACUCCAUGAUGCUGGUGACACAAAGGAGCACCUUAUCAGCUUCAUGGUUGAGCAGUGGGGCUGCAAGGAGUACACCAAGUAUUUCUGGGAGAGUGAUGAGAAGUAUUGCGACUUGAAGUACACGUGCCCGGAUGACUUUUAUUACAGGUACGACCUGGCCAACAACUUGGGGAAGAGGACCCUCGAGCUUGCCAGCUUUCUGGGACAGCAUGGAUGGGCUUUGAUGCUCUGCAAUGGUGGGAGCGUCACCCCGGACCCUCGCCACAGACCCAAUCGCAUCCUACGAGAGCAGCAGGUGAAGUUCACAAAGUCGCCAGAGAAGGCUGCUGCACCACUUCUCCUUGUGGAGUUCAGGACGCAGCCUUACCACGAUGAGCCAGCACGAUGGCAUAGCUACAUUGAAAUUUGCGGGCCUGACACCAAUGGCGUGUAUGACAAGCUGCACCACUUCAUCACUGAAUACAUGGAUGGGCAGAUGUGUGAGACUCCACCCAAUUGUGACAGGCUGUACCAGUUUGAUGGUUUCCGAAUGUACCCGGCAAAGAUAGGUGAGGAAGGACGCUAUGAGGGCCUCAUGAACGGCGAGAGCAACAUUGGUCAGUGGACUAUGCGCAUGUGUGACUACAUGGUUGAUCAAGUGGCCGAGUGGGAUUUGAUUGUUUGCAACAGUGACAACUUGAGCCAAAACUUCCAGCAUGGAAGUGGAGACAACAAGUACUUCAUUGGUGUCACAGCGCGAGAGAUGCAGAUGGUGUUCCGGCACCGGCCGGGCGGGCGUGCCGUGUUCAUGGCCGCUGGGCAAGUGAAGGAGCUUGGUCACCCACCCCUACAGCCGCCGCCUUACUGGACGGAAGAGGGGUGCAUUGCUGGGACCUUGGGCCAAAAGCUGGUCCCGGGCUCAGCGGAGGAGUUGGCCUGGAUGCAGGAGAUCCUGGACAAAACCUUCAAGAACAAGGUCACCCGGGAUCGCAAAGACGGUCAGCCUUUGGCCGAUCGCUUCCGGGCUGUUCAAUGCAUCCGCAGCGAGCAACCGGCCCUUUGGAACCGCUUUGCGGAGCGCCGUCGAGAAGUGGCUGAGAGCUGCAAGGCUACAAUGGGUGUCUUCGAGUCCUUCGCAACACCAAAGACCAUGGAGGCGUGUGAGGCCCUGUCACAACGUUGUACACAUGCCAGCGUUGGGAAUCCGGCCAACCAAGCCUACCUCCUGCACGGCACCAACCCCACCUCGGCUGUGGCAAUCUUGAGUUCCUCGUUUACGGUCAACCUUGCCGGCAAGAGCGCAGGCACGAUGUUUGGCGCCGGUGUCUACCUCGCAGAGAGCUCCACGAAGGCCGACGAGUAUGCGCGAGAUGACAUGGGAGGCGAGUAUGAUGGGCUCUACGCGGUGCUGGUCUGUCGUGCCAUCCUUGGCCGGUCUUACGUCACGGAGAAGGCAGGCGACUUCAGUGACCAAGUCUUGAGUGGCGAGUACCACCAUGUUCUGGGCGACCGAGAGAAGGCUGUCGGCACCUUUCGGGAGUUCAUCUUCUUCCAUGAAGCUUCCAUCUACCCCGAGUAUGCAGUCUUCUACCGCCGCGAGAAGGAUGGCGAGAUCCUCCCUCCGCCGGACCGCGAGCGCGCCCCAAAAAUGAUGGAGAUGGAGACGCCAGAGGACGAGCCAGAAAUGACUGCUGUCUGA